CGGCCGGGGGAGCGGGGUUGAGGAGAAUCCGGGCGGUGGCGGGGAGCCGGGCCGGCGCGCUCCGGGGCUGGCACGAGCCCGCGGCGGGCUGCCCGCGGCCGAGUGGCCGGGCUGGGCGCAGAUUCCCGGGCCCGCCCCGCGGGGACGUGCGGCUUCAGCGGACCCUCCUUCGCGACCUCGGGGCGCGCCCCCCCCCCCCCCCCCGCCAGGGCCCCGAGCAUUUUGUGUCCCACACCGGGUUGGGGUGGGGGGACUUUGCCUGUGGGGCAACAGCGAAGCACGGCCCGGACGGGGACACCUCGAGUUUUGCGUGAAAAUGAUUGGUUUUGGGGGGGAGGGGGGUGGUGGCGCUUAUUGGCCACCGUUUGCCCUAAUUUAAAGGCUAUGACAGGGCUUCUGAGCCCUGCCUUAGGGGGGUUUUCCGCCCCCAAAGACCCACUCUGCAGCUGAGUUCUUUAUGCUCAGAUUUGUGUGUCUUGGUAUUUUUAAUGCUUGAUGUCAGAGGUGAUAAAUGACCCUGGUAAUGGGGAGCCCCUGAAGCACCUGCUGGGCUGACGGUGGUGGAGGUUGUGUCAAAGGGUGGGACGAGAGAAACGAAACAGAGAUCCUCUUUGGAUAUUCUGCUGAAGUUAUCAUGUUUCUGUUCAAGUAUAGGUGUUCUAGAACAAGUUGAUAAAUCCAAUUUUAGGACUUUGUGGUCGAAGAGGUUUGAGCGGCAAACAGACCCGGGGUGACCUGGCUUAGCCAGGAAUGUUGGGGUAGCCCGACUAUCUCCUCCCGUUUCCCCUUGGCAUAUUUAUUUAUUUAUUUAUUUAUUUGCUGUCACAAAUGCUCAAGUGUGAUCACAGAAUAGGAAAGAAGCUAGGGGACAGCAUUUAGCACAGGCCCGAGCCCAAGAUUGAUGUUUUCAAAGGAACAAAUAUGUAACGAGGAAAAGGAAAAUCUUUUUCUCUGUAAGGUUGGUAGUUUGAGACAACUUGCUCUCUGGUUGGGAACUACCAGCCCAUACUAAUAGUUCAUUUUACGUAAUGCCAUAGAUAUUAAGGAUUGAGUGGGGAGGAGUGCCAUAUCUAAGAUUUGUGUGAUUGAAAUUUUCACAAGUCAUAUUUUACCCAUAGCAUUACUAAAUAAAGGAACCCUAGGGUGAAUCCUUCUACAGAUCCCUCAGUGUGUCUUGACUUUUGAUAUUGAGAGUCUGCUUAAAACGGAAUGCACAUAUUUAUUUGGUUUUGGCUUUACCUUGGAGAUAAUCCUGAGUCAUGCUUUAGAGAAGUUCCUUCUGUGAUCAACAGCUCAGAUGUCUGGUGGUCUCUAUAAAAGCCAGACGCUCCUCUUUACCUGUAAUUUUGUCUUCUGGAGCUCUGGAGAAAGGAGGACCCCGGGAGGUGGGAAGCAGAUUAAGAGGCCUUCUCUUCCAUGUUUGCCUUGUUUCCACACCAGGGCUCUAAAUUACUCGUGUUCACACACCCAAGUUUCUCAAUUUACCACAGAAAUCUUGUUUAUGCUACUGCCACUAGUAUUUUCACAUUUGUUUAAUACUUGCCAGUUUACAAAUGGUGUUCUAUUCAUGCUCUUGCUUAUUUUCUCCUUUUCUGCAAAGAAGAAGCUGGGUUUAAAGAGGGAUUUAUUCAGGGUCUCAUAAUUAGUAAUGGAGCAGAAGUGGGAUACAGAUCCUCUCUGGGGAGCAGUUCUCUUUCCUCUGCACUGGCCUGCAUGUGACUUCAGAACCCCUAGUCCUGAUCUGUUACCCUGCGGGUCAGUUGUUGCCUUUCUGUUAUGACUUGGUGGUAAAACUGUUUUGUGGAAGGCGGUAUUAUCCCAUUUUAUUUUGUAGAAACUGAGGGUAAGAGGUGUCUUCUGAUUUUGUGACUAUUUGCGAUAGCUCUGUAGCUUUAAGGUCAUGUUUUCAACGUAGAGCGCCUUUCCUGUAGACUGCAUGGAGAGAGGAGAGAGAAGAAACAAUUCGUUUUAGGAAAAAACCAUCUAUUUCUGUGUUGGUAUGGUUAAGGAUAACCUAACACCAUAAUCACAUUCUCCUUGUGUGCCUGGCUACUUGUGUCAGCCUGUAUGUGAACAUCAACCCAAAAGACUCCUUUAGAUGUUGCUGAACUAGUUACUAUAAAAAGUAUUUCACUUUCAAACACCCAUGUUUCAAGAACAGAGGAAUUCCGUACAAAGGUAAUUUUGAAGGUAUGUGUAGAUGGAAUUUAUUGGGUCUUUUCUGAAUGCCAGCCACAGAGAUUUCAGUAGAAAGGCAUUUUGUAAGGGCUACCUGGGAACUUUGGGUAGGCAGUAGUUAUAGGUUUUUAUUAUUUAUUCAAGUUUGGAGGUGUGUGUUCUGAUGUGUAAGUUGUAAUAUAGGAGUAGGACUUUUGCCUGGGAGAAUUCUUAGCUGUAGUCUGUAGCAGAAAUGAUAAACUCAGAAUGUUUAUGUAAAAUUAGUUCAUCAUAACCAAAAGCUUGAUUGGAAUUCUGCAGUGAUGAGGAGAAUGGCUUUCAGGAGUUCUUAGGUUAUUCUUUAAGUUACUAACUUGUUGAAUUGUGCAUUUUUCAGAUUUGCAACUUUAGAAAAUUCUUAGCAAUUUCUUUUAAGGCCUUUAAAAAUUCUUCAGUAUGUAUUUUCCGUAGUUUAAUUAUCUGCUAACAUUACACCUUCAGAAUUUACACAUUAGUCAUGAUUAACCUUUGAAGCUUAAAUGUGGGUGAAUUUCCAGUACUGCUUCCGGUACCUCUCUCCCACUCACUCUCUCUCUCUCAAAAUAAAUAAAUAAACUUAAAAAAAAAAAGUCCCUGAGGAUAAUCUUAAAAAAAAAAAGAAUUUUGUUUGCACCUACAGUCAGAUAUUUUCAGGUGGGACUGAUUUUUAAGGGUCAGAAACCUUUCUUUGAACUUUACAAUUGUUUGGGCUUGGUUGCAUUCAUUGUUGUUUAAAAUGAUCUUUAGUAAGGAGAGUCACUUUAAAGGAAAAUUUUUUUCAUUGUUACCCUCAUAAUCUCCAUUCCCGGCAAAUAUUCUGGAAUAUUAGAUUUUUCUUUGUCUUCACCAAGUAAAACAGGCCCAUUUGAUGCCCAUUUUAAGAUCUUCCUUCUGCUGCCUGUCUUGUGGUCAUUUAACUUCUCAUUAAGCCCUCCACUGGAGGUUGUGCCAGAAGGGGGAGAAGAUGAAAAGCAAAUGAAUCAUUUUCUAAUAGUUAGCAGCUCUGAAAAAAUGAUUUAGUAGAAGGAAUUGCCGCUAUUCCAGAAAUUCUUUUCGGAUUAUGUUUUAUUUCAUUCAUGUGUACUAUCUCUGAGAUGUUCCUAAUAGGCAUCGAUUUAGAGGCUGAUUGUGCAGUUAUUGGGUGACCAGGAAUCUAACUGCUUGUUUUGGUUUGUUUCUUGCUGUAUCUAAGCAUCUCCACAGAGAAUGUUUAGAAGUAAGGAGUAGGGAUAAAAUUUAAACUUUAUCAAUACUAUUUUUUUUUCCCCUUAGAGCUCUUUAGUGAACAGUUUGAUUUUUUUGGACAGUUUAGUCAUUGUUUUUGGAAGUGACUAAUAAUAACUUCAUUUUAUUUUGAUGUAUCUGCAAGUUAUACACAAAUGUAGGGAGACUUUUGGGUGCUUUUUAAGAAACAUGGGUUUAUAUAGGUUCCCAUAAUUGCUUUCUUGAAUAAUUAGGCUUGAGGUUUCAUUACUUCUUUGUAUUGGAACAGAACCUUGGCUUUUGCUGUGGAACAGAUUCAAAGGCAUCAUCUAAUUUUCUUUUUAUGAUUGCUAAAGAGUUACCUUGUUUUGGUUUAGCGGUAAAAAGUCAGGGGAAAGGGUUAAUAGUGGACAGACCUUGCACAACAGUUGUAACAUUGAUGAUAUCUGUUUUUUUCCUUUGUCUUUGGUCUCCCAUUUCUCAUUUAACCAUUCUGGUAUUCCUGGUUUAAAGUUCUUUACUUCACUUAAGACAGAGGACACCAGUCUUCAGUCAUGAUAGUGAGUAGGUUCUUGUUAUUUUUCCUCAGGGGAAUUUUUACAAACCCAUUGUGACUGCUCACUUAGACUCAGUUCCUAUUAAAUUUGUAAAUAAAAUCUACCUGUGAGGGUGUCUAAAAUUAAUCCUUUCAGCUUUUUGUUUCUUGGAUUCAGUUCUUUCAAAUUCCACCCAAAGAGGCGAUUUAUAGAAAGAUCUAGACUAGGAGUCAGAAAAUCUAAGUUUUUAGUUACUUUCCAACUGUGGAAACUUGAGAAAGUCAUUUAAUCUGUUUCUCUAUUUUGCAUAUCUAAAAUAGGUACAGUAAUUCAUGCACUACUUAAUUGUAUCAAGAAUGUUGUGGGAGAAAAAGUUCUACCUCUUUUUAUUUAAAUUGUUUCUUCACAUUGGAAUCCCUUCUCUAAGGUUGUCCAAAUAUUCCUGCAGAGUUCUACUGAGUGAGCUCUUCCUGAAGUCCUCCCAUUUGGAAGUGUUCUUGCUCUUUCUUCCCAAAGGCCUCUGCUAGUCCAUCCAUUAUGUAGCACUUCUGAAUUCUGUACAGUUGUUGCAUGUUGCCUUUCUUCACAGAUAGAAAGCUCCAUGAAGGCAAGGAUUGUAUCUUCCCUAUUUCUGUGUAUCCUCAUUGCACACUCCCCACCCCCCCCCUCCCCCCGCCCCCCGCAGGGGACCUAUAAUAAAUGUCUCAGUUGACUGAAUUAUUUUUUAAAAUGUUUAUUUAUUUCGUGAGAGAGCAACAAUAGAGGAGGGGCAGAGAGAGAGAGAGAAUAUCCCAAGCAGGCUCUGUGCUGUCAGUGCAGUGCAGAGCCUUAUGUGGGGCUUGAACCCACAAACUAUGAGAUCAUGACCUGAGUUGUAUGCUUAACCAGCUGAGCCACCCAGGUGCCCUGACUCAUCUAUUUUUGAGGCUGUCAGGAAUAAAUACUCUGGGUGAUGGGAAGAUGCCAGAGAUGAGCCUGUUAUCAGAACUUUUGGAUGACUGGCCUUUUAAAUCACUUCAUUACUGGAGGGCCUGGAUGGCUUAGUCAGUUGAGCGUCUGGCUCAAGUCAUGAUAUCAUGGUUCCUGAGAUCAAGCCCCGAUUGGGCUCUGGGCUGCAUAGUGCAGAGCCUGCUUGGGAUACUCUCUACCCCUAACUUACUACUCCCGCCCCUCCCCCCCCCCCCCCCCCCCCGGACUCUUUCUCUCUCUCUCAAAUAAACAUUAAAAAAAAUAAAAUCAGUUAUUGCUCUGUCCACUGUAUCAUGUACUGAAUUGGAUGCACAUAAUGUAAAUUGGUAAAGCCUGUUUUCUUGUUUCUAUUUACUUCAAGUGCUGUGAAGCAAGUCAGAGGAAUGAAAAGUUGUCACAACAGCCCUGAAUUUGACAUUUGUUCCAUUUCUCACCCUGUAGCAUGUGGAGGCCUAUCUAUAUCCAACUGCUGAGUAUGGAGAAUAAAACCUGACUGCACGUUGUCUGGUCCACAUUUUAGCUUGUUUUCUUUGAAGAAUGUGCAAGGUGGAAAAAUAGAUGCUUCAGGCUCUGAUUUCAGCCCAUGCUGUGCUAUGCAAAUGUUCUCUACAUGCCUGAGUGACCUUUUUGAGAAAGAGCCUUUGUGAUCUUCUGCAGCCAGGGCCUGUUCUGGGAAUAGUGUGCCAGAUUUCUCUAAAAGUGGGAAAAGUGAAUCUGUUCAAAGACCAUAUUAAAAAGCCAGUGCUUUUCCUGGAUAAAUAACCGAUAAGUUCGUGUUUCUGACUGUCUCUUGCCAGAGCUUUUGAAAUUUGCUCUGCAGUUUGUUUUGCCGGUUGAUUUGGAGAAUGAUGUGUGUGAGAGGGGACUGACUGAACCAAAUCCAUAGCUGGGAAAGUGUUUAAGUGCUUUUGAAUUGUAGAUAAAAAUAAAUUCAAACAGGCAUCAUUAGUGUCUGGGUGUUUAUCAAUGUCUUCAGGCUGCUCUCGGUAAGUGCCGGCUGAGUAACUCGCAACCAGAUUUGUGAGGUUCUUUUUGUCCCAAAUUGUGCUCUAAUGAUUUGGCAUUUACAUUGUUUUCUGUUUGUUUUAUUAUUGUACCGAAUGAAAUAUAUCAUUAUUAAAAGUAUAAUUAAUUGUUUUAAUGUUGUAAAAGAAAUACCAUUCUGAUAUAUUUCUCUUGGAGUGAUACUGGUGUCACUUGAAGUCUUGGAGGUUCAUGACUUUUAAUACUUUUACUGAGAUGUUUAGUUUGUAUAGCUGGAUAGUUUGUAUAGUUUGCCUAAUGGAUGAAAAAGAAUUUUCUCUUUCUCCCUUUCUCUUAAGCCAGCUUUUUGAUAAGGAUCAUUAAUAGGUUUGCACCAGAAUAAGGCUGUAGAGUUAAUCGUAAUGUUCUCCUGUAGAAAUUCUAAAAAUUGAAUUUUCAGAGAGCGUAGGUAGAAUUUGAAUGACUGGUUUACCAACUAGGCUCUUCCUCCUUCCCUAAGCAUAGGAUAAUUUUUUUCUCUAAAGAUGGUCAAUCUCUUAGGUAUGAGUAGAAGUUCCAAAGGAAUGCUUUCUUCUCCAGAUCUUUGCCCUAUAGCUGGUUUUGGUUGAGCAAAGAUGAAUAGUUCUCUGGUGGUUGGCCUGCUCUGUUGGGUGGAAAAAUCCUUCGCUGUUUUCAUGGUUAAAUGCUCUAUCAUAUGUCUUUUUCUCUUCCCCAAGUUUCCCUGGAACCUGGGCUCCCUGAGACGCAGCGCUGGAGCAGAUGGAUAAUGGAGACUGGGGCUAUAUGAUGACUGACCCAGUCACGUUAAAUGUAGGUGGACACUUGUAUACCACGUCUCUCACUACAUUGACGCGUUACCCGGAUUCUAUGCUUGGAGCUAUGUUUGGGGGGGACUUCCCCACAGCUCGGGACCCUCAAGGCAAUUACUUCAUUGACCGAGACGGACCUCUUUUCCGAUAUGUCCUCAAUUUCUUAAGAACUUCAGAGUUGACCUUACCCCUGGAUUUUAAGGAAUUUGAUCUGCUUCGGAAAGAAGCAGAUUUUUAUCAGAUUGAGCCCCUGAUUCAGUGUCUCAAUGACCCUAAGCCUUUGUAUCCUAUGGAUACUUUUGAAGAAGUUGUGGAGUUAUCUAGUACUCGGAAGCUUUCUAAGUACUCCAAUCCAGUAGCUGUCAUCAUAACUCAAUUAACCAUCACCACCAAGGUCCAUUCCUUACUAGAAGGUAUCUCAAACUAUUUUACGAAGUGGAAUAAGCACAUGAUGGACACCAGAGAUUGCCAGGUUUCCUUUACUUUUGGACCCUGUGAUUAUCACCAGGAAGUUUCUCUCCGGGUCCAUCUGAUGGAAUACAUCACAAAACAAGGUUUCACGAUCCGCAACACCCGAGUGCAUCACAUGAGUGAGCGGGCCAAUGAGAACACAGUGGAGCACAACUGGACUUUCUGUCGGCUGGCCCGGAAGACCGAUGACUGAUCUCUAAGCCUGGGAGAAGUUCCUGGAAACUGACUCUCCAGGACAUGGAAGAGACUGAUUUUUUUUUUUUUUUUUUUAAUCACAGUGUGGGAAUUUUUUUUAAAUAUUUGUAUUUAUUUGAAGGCAUUGAGGACCAGAAGGAAGUUUUGUGCUUUAGCAGACUCCUCUAUGUUUUGUUCCCUUUACCUUGAGUAUGCAUGUGCCUGUUCAGAGCCUCCAGAUACCUUUUUUAUAAAAAGAAGUAUGAAAAUCAUUAUGGUAUAUAAUCUACUCUUAACAGAGCUUUUUUUUUAUUACAGUGCUACAAUGAUUUCUGAUUAAAUGGUCCCUAACUUAACUAGAAGGCUAAAAAUGCAGGCAUGAAAGAAUAAACAGAGUACUCAUGAUGCCUUUGAGAAAAAUCAAAACAUCAUGUAGGGUGACCUAGUUUCCAAACCAAUAAGCAGUAUUGUAAUAUUAAAGGAAAACUGUUCCAAUCAUUUAAAAGUACUUGUUAAGUACUGCUUUUUACAGUUAUGACAACUGUUUCUUUCUAUGCAUAUAAAUCAAGCAACCAAAUAUCUGUAGCCAUGGAAAUGUCUGACUAGAAAUAUUUAUAUUGGAUUCUGAAUACAAAAUGUCCCUGUGGUAGAACUCUUACUUCUUAUGCCUGGUGCAGUAUAAUUCCCAAGUGUACUGUCUACCAGGAAAAAAAAAAAAAAACCUAAUAAAAAAUGA